AUGGAUCGAUAUAAGAUAAUUAAAACAGUGGGCGAUGGAACCUUUGGAUCCGUUGCCAAAGCAAUAAACAGAGCCACUAAUGAGACUGUGGCAAUCAAGAAAAUGAAAAAGAAGUUUUACUCCUGGGAUGAGGCUAUGGCUUUGAGAGAGAUCAAGUCGUUAAGGAAACUGAACCACCCAGGAAUUGUGAAGCUUAAAGAAGUUAUCAGAGUUAAUGAUGACCUUUAUUUUGUAUUUGAGUACAUGGACAAUAACAUAUACGAGUUAAUGAAAAAUAGGACUUCGAACCUCCCAGAGGAGAAGAUUAAGUCAAUAAUGUAUUAGGUUAUUUCGGCACUAGCGUUUUGCCAUAAGCAGGGGUUUUUUCACAGAGAUAUGAAACCAGAAAAUUUACUAAUGAAUAGUGUGAAUGGGCAGGAAUAAGUGAAGCUGGCAGAUUUCGGAUUAGCAAGAGAGAUUCGUAGCAGACCACCUUAUACUGAUUAUGUAAGCACCAGAUGGUACAGAGCCCCCGAGUUACUUCUUAGAUCUACUAACUAUAACUCUCCGGUGGAUAUCUUUGCGUGUGGGGCAAUUAUGGCAGAGUUAUACUUACUUAGACCAAUUUGGCCUGGUAAUAGUGAAAUGGAUUAGUUAUAUAAAAUAUGCGCUGUACUGGGAUCACCUAGUUAAGGAGAAUGGCCUGAUGGAUACAAACUAGCCACGCAGAUUAAUUUUUCCUUUCCCAAAUUCGCUUAAACCUCACUCAGCAGUCUGAUACCUAAUGCAAAUCCCGAUGCUAUUGACUUGAUGCAGAAAAUCUUUUAAUUUGAUCCCCAAAAAAGGCCAACUGCUUAGUAAUGCCUAUAACACCCUUUCUUCAAUGGAAUUCAAUAACUGGUUACAUAAAUACAAAACUUUGGCUUAUAAUCUAAUCAGAGCAAUGGUAAUCACAGUUAAAAUGGUGAAAAUGUCCUUAGAAAGAGUAACGGUAGUUUGAGCAUAGAUCUAAGGGAUUCACAAAAGCGUAACUUCUUUAACCCCAAUAAUCAGAUUGUUCUCCAAGACAACAAUAAGUCUUCUAAGGGGUUCAACAUGGUGAGAAAUCAGAGUAGCAGUUUACUGGUAUCUAGUCCUACAAGUAUGAUUUCGGGAUCCUAUCUUAACGGAGGAGGAAAUUCUGGCAAGUUUCAAACAAGUCUAUCCAAUUCUCCAUCUCAAUAAAAUAUACCCAAUCUUGUAAUUGGGAACUAGAACGCAAUAAAUCAGUCAUCUCAAAGCAGUUUAUAAAUGCGCAAUAAAUCAUUGCCAAGUCGAACACUUAAGGACAAUAAGCAGCCUGGGUAGUACUAGAACCCUAUGGACAUGAAUCUAUAAGGACUAUAAGUCUCUUCAAUUGGAGGCUAGCCGCAUAACUCAAUCAAGGACUAUCAAUAUAACGCAUCAAUGCUUAAGCAGUCUAUCUCACCCAUUGAGAGUAGCAACAAUAGUGUGAUUAGCAAUAGAGCUAACCUACUUAAUAAAAAGAAUUAGCAAGCUAUGAAUGGUCUUAUGAUAAACAAUAAUGGAUAUAUAGCCCAGGGAGCUCUGAAUGUGAACUCAAAUGGGAGCAUGGGGAUGAUGGGAAAUGGGAUUAAGAGCAGUAACAUAAGUAUGGGUGGCAAUAGCACAGGCGGUGGGCCUAGCACAGGUUACUCGCAUACUUACAAAAGCUACUCACAAGCUAAUAGCAUUUUUGGUAAUUCUAAUUUAGGAGGAGCUGGUCAAGACUAGCAGUCUAUUACAAUGCCAGCUAAUGGAUUUUAACAUAUUUGA